GCCAGAGCUGCAGGGACAGCUGGUAGGCUUGGGGGGUCUGCAGCAACAGCCACCGUGUUGCCCCCACGCUGCCUCCCUGACUCCCAAGAGGUCGACAUGGGAAGUACCUCCGAUCCCUAGGUCUCAGACCCAGGGCCCAGCUGGUCUGUGGCAGAGUCUCUCAGGGCACCCACCACCACCUGGCAGGAGCUAGAGAUGGGCAUUCCUGGAGCAAUAGCCAGGCCCAGGAGGGCUGCCAUCAGCAACAAAGGGCUGUGAUCUGUGUUGGCCAUGCAUCGUAUUUUCUCUCCCCAAACCAUGGAUGACAGAUGGCUGGCCCCUACUCCCUGAUUCCUGGGGCCCUGCUGGAGGGGUUGCCGUGGCUUACGUACCUGGUGAGGAGGUGACAGAUGAGGGCACCAGGAUGCAGACAGGUGACACAGCCCGCCCAGGGUCACCCAGCUGGUAAGUGACAGGAUGGAGUGUGAGCCCAGAAACCCAGUUCCUAUCCACUUGGCUCCUGAAUCCAUGUGAUUGUUUUCACCAUCUGAAAACAAAUAAGCCCUUCUAGACCAUUCUUGGAGGUGAGGCCAGUGGGCCACCUGCAGCCUGGGAAGGGGGCCGGGGAGGUUCCUCAGCUCCAUUCCUGGGACUUCACUUACCCAUUCCAGGGCACUGAGUAAGGGUGGCACACAGCAGGGUUGGGCCCUCUCUUCACAGCUCCUGGUGGUAAUCCCAGACUCCAUGAGGAAGCAGGAGGUGCAGACGGGCAGGGAGGCUGGCCAGGGCCAUGGCACCAGCUCCCCAGCUGAGCAGGUGAAAGCCCUCAUGGACCUGCUGGCCAGGAAGGGUGGGCAGGGCUCUCAGGCCCCACAGGCUCCUGACAAGACACCAGACUCUGCGCUGGGAUCCUGCAGCAACGACUCAAGGAUACAGAGGCACCGAGAGGCCCUGCUGAGCAGGGUGGGAGGCGGCCUGGAGCUGGGCAGCACCUCACACAGGCUGACCACCCUCCUGCUGGUGGAGGGCUUAACAGACCUGCAGCUGAAGGAACACGACUUCACACAGGUGGAGGCCACCCGUGGGGGCUGGCGUCUUGCCAGACCCAUCACCAUGGACAGGCUUUUCCUGCCUCUCUCCCGGGUGUCCAUCCCGCCCCGUGUCUCCAUCACUGUCGGGGUGGCUGGCAUGGGCAAGACCACCCUGGUGAGACACUUUGUCCGCCUCUGGGCCCGAGGGCAGGUUGGCAAGGACUUCUCAUUGGUGUUGCCUUUGACCUUCCGUGAUCUCAACACCCAUGAGAAGCUAUGUGCAGACAGACUCAUCUGCUCUAUCUUCCCGCACAUCAGGGAGCCCACCUUGGUGUUGGCAGCCCCCACGAGAGUCCUCCUGAUCUUGGAUGGCUUGGAUGAGUGUAAGACGCCUUUGGACUUCUCAAAUACUGUGGCUUGCACGGACCCCAAGAAGGAGAUCCAGGUGGACCACCUGAUCACCAACAUUAUUCGAGGAAACCUCUUUCCGGAAGUUUCUGUCUGGAUCACAUCCCGACCCAGUGCUGCUGGUCAGAUCCCAGGAGGCCUGGUGGACCGGAUGACAGAGAUGCGGGGCUUUAAUGAGAAGGAGAUCAAGCUGUGUUUGGAGCAAAUGUUCCCCGAGGAUGAGACCGUCCUGGGCUGGAUCCUGAGCCAGGUGCAGGCCAACAGGGCCCUGUACUUGAUGUGCACUGUUCCAGCCUUCUGCAGGCUCACGGGGUUGGUGCUGGGCUACUUAUGCCACAAAAGGUCAGGGCCCCAGGAUGCAGAGCUGCGGCCUCCAAGGACGCUGUGUGAGCUCUACUCUUGGUACUUUAGGAUGGCCCUCAGUGGGGAGGGGCAUGAGAAGGGCAAGAUGAGCCCUCGAAUUGAGCAGGUGGCCCAUGGUGGCCGCAAGAUGGUAGGGAUGCUGGGCAGGCUGGCCUUCCAUGGGCUGGUCAAGAAGAAGUACGUGUUUUAUGAGCAGGACAUGAAGGCGCUGGGCAUGGAUCUCACUCUGCUGCAGGGUGCCCCAUGCAGCUGCUUCCUGCAGCGUGAGGAGACACUGGCCUCCUCAGUGGCCUACUGCUUCACACACCUGUCCCUGCAGGAGUUUGUGGCAGCCAUGUAUUACUACAGCGCUUCCAAGAAGUCCAUCUUUGACCUCUUCACGGAGAGUGGCAUGUCCUGGCCCAGGCUGGGCUUCCUCACGCAUUUCAGGUGUGCAGCCCAGCGGGCCAUGCAGGCCGAGGAUGGGAGGCUGGAUGUGUUCCUGCGCUUCCUCUCAGGUCUCUUGUCUCCGAGGGUCAACAACCUGCUGGCUGGCUCCCUGCUGGCCCCAGGCGAGCACCAGGGCUACCGGGCCCAGGCGGCCGAGCUCCUGCAGGGCUGUCUGCGCCCUGAUUCUGCAGUCUGCGCCAGGGCGGUUAACAUCCUGCACUGCCUGCAUGAGCUGCAGCACACGGAGCUGGCCUGCAGCGUGCAGGAGGCCAUGGAGAGUGGGGCCCUGGCAGGGCUGACAAGCCCUUUGCACCGGGCUGCCCUGGCCUACCUCCUUCAAGUGUCUGAUGCCUGCGCCCAGGAGGCCAACCUGUCCCUGUGCCUCAGCCCAGGCGUCCUCCAGAGUCUGCUGCCCCAGCUGCUGUAUUGCCAGAGCCUCAGGCUGGACACCAACCAGUUCCAGGAUCCCGUGAUGAACUUGCUGGGCAGUGUGCUAAGUGGAAAGGACUGUCGCAUUCAGAAGAUCAGCUGGCCAGUGGCACCUUCAAGGAGAGGUAUCUUUGAAGCCUGUGACUCAGGAUCCAGUCUGCUUGUUUCUGCCCAUUCCAGAAAGUGCCAGAGGCUCAGCUUGGCUGAGAACCAGAUCAGUAACAAAGGGGCCAAAGCUCUGGCCAGAUCCCUCCUGGUCAACAGAAGUCUGACCGCUCUGGACCUCCGCAGUAACUCCAUUGGACCACAAGGGGCCAAGGCUCUGGCAGAUGCUCUGAAGAUUAAUCACACACUGAUCUCGCUGAGCCUCCAGAGCAACGCAAUCAGGGAUGAUGGUGCCAGGUCCAUGGCUGAGGCCUUGGCCUCCAACCGGACCCUCUCCGUGCUGCACCUGCAAAAGAACACCAUCGGGCCCACGGGAGCCCAGCGAAUGGCAGAUGCCCUGAAGCAGAACAAGAAUCUGAAGGAGCUCAUGCUCUCCAGUAACAGCAUUGGUGAUGGAGGCACCAAGGCCCUGGCUGAGGCCAUGAAGGUGAACCAGAGCCUGGAGAGCUUGGACCUGCAGAGCAAUUCCAUCAGUGACGUGGGAGUGGCAGCACUGAUGGGGGCCCUCUGCACCAACCAGACCCUCCUCAGCCUCAACCUGAGAGAAAACUCCAUUAGCCCUGAGGGAGCCCAGGCUGUGGCUCAUGCGCUCUGCACCAACAGCACCCUGAGGAACUUAGACCUGACAGCCAAUCUCCUCCACGACCAGGGCGCACAGGCCAUCGCAGUGGCAGUGAGAGAAAACCGUGCCCUCACAUCCCUUCACUUGCAGUGGAACUUCAUCCAGGCCAGUGCUGCCAAAGUCCUGGGACAAGCACUACAGUUCAACCAGAACCUAACCAGCUUGGAUUUACAGGAGAAUGCCAUUGGGGAUGAAGGAGCAUCUGCGGUGGCCAGUGCACUGAAGGCAAACACAGCCCUCACUUCUCUCUAUCUCCAGGUGGCCUCCAUUGGUACUCCAGGGGCCCAGGCGCUGGGGGAGGCUCUGGCUGUGAACAGAACCUUGGAGAUUCUUGACUUAAGAGGAAAUGCCAUUGGGGUGGCUGGAGCCAAAGCCCUGGCGAGCGCUCUGAAGGUAAAUUCAAGUCUCCGAAGACUCAACCUUCAAGAGAAUUCAUUAGGGAUGGACGGGGCAAUAUGUGUCGCCACCGCACUCUCUGGAAACCACAGGCUCCAGCACAUCAAUCUCCAGGGAAAUCACAUCGGGGAAUCUGGUGCCAGAAUGAUCUCAGAGGCUAUCAAGACAAAUGCUCCUGCGUGCACUGUUGAAAUGUGAACAAAACAAGUUCCUGGUCGACCAAGCAGGACAGGCAGAGACUCAGCUGGAAGCUUUUGAACAGAAAGACCCAUCUGUGAGGGGCCCUCCUGAGAUCUGGGAAUGAUGCUGAUCUAGCAAGAGUCCUGGUCUCCUGAACAGAGAAAGAUGCUAUCCAAGGAAGUCGUGAGCUCCGCUGGUCCAGGAUCAGUCCGGGCAGUGGCAGAUGGAUACUCUGCUACAGCACAGACAAGGGAAGAGGCUGCCACCAAAGGGGCUUGGGGACACAGGCCUGUAAGCACAACAACGUAGGAAGCUAGUUCUAGCUUACUUAUACCCCAAGGUCUUCAUCUGCCCCCAACUUUAAAAAACUUUUAUUACCACCCUUUUGUACUUACUUGAUUAAAAUCAUCCCACUCUGAAAUGAGCUGCCAUCUCCACGUCCAUUAAGAGCAUCAGUUUGGCAGGAGUGACAGAGGGGACCCUUUCUUUGCUCAAGAAGGAAAAAAAGGUUGUAGGUAUAAUCUUUAUAGAUACAUGGAAAAUGGGAAUAUUGUGAAGACAAAUGAAAGCUUUAAUUCUCAGAUUUUGGAAACAGACAAAAAUGUUCUACAAGGAUUUUGCCGUUUUGUAAGAUACCUUAAAAAAUCUCUCAAAGACAUGGAUGAUGUCUGCCACAUGUCAUUUGGUGUCUGACACACAGGCACGCUAAAUGUUGGUACUUUAAUAAUGUUAUUCUGUGUUAGGUUUUCAAAACCACUACUGUGUCUACAGUUUCCUAUGAAGACAAGCAAGCUGAGCAUCCAUGUGGAUAAAUUCCCUCAGCUGUGUUGAAAGGAAAAAAUUCCAAAUGGACAUCACAGCUCUCUCUUAUCAACUAAAUAACCAAGAAAAAUGCUUAUGAAGACUAUAAAGUGAUUAUCACUUAAAAUAAAUUUUUUAAGAGACACAGUCUUACUGUGUCACUUAGGCUGGAGUGCAGUGGCUCAAUCAUAGCUCACUGUAACCUCGAAAUCCUGUUUUUAAGUGCUGCUCCUAUCUUGGCCUCCCAGAGUGCUGGGAUUACAGUCAUGAGCCACUGCACAUGCUUUUAAAUUUGAAAAGGAAUCACUAUUCUUUAAAUGUUUCUUUAAAAAUGAGUAUUCACAGGAGGCGCCUGUGCUCAAGGAGUAGGGCACCAGCUCCAUAUACUGGAGGUGGCGUGUUCAAAUCUGGCCCCAGCCAAAAAUUGCACCACCCCCCCCCCACACACAAAAUGAGUAUUCAUGGCUUGGCGCCCAUAGCACUGGUUACGGUGCCAGCCACAUACACCAAGGGUGGCAGGUUUGAAUCUGCCCCAGGCCAGAUAACAACGAUAAUUGCUACAAAAAAUAGCCGGGCAUUGUGGCACAUGCCUACAGUUCCAGCUACUUGGGAGGCUGAGGCAAGAGAAUAGCUUAAGCCCAAGAGUUUGAGGUUGCUGUGAGCUGUGAUGCUACAGCACUCUACUGAGGGUGACAUAGUGAGACUCUGUUUCAAAAAAUAAAAACUGGAGUAAUACAGAGAAGAUUAGCAUGGAAUAAGAAAGUAUAGAAGAAAAAAAUCUUUUAAAUGACUAUUCAGUAGAGAGGAAUUAUCAUAGAUGUUAAAAUCAGGGAUUAAAGUCUGUUGGGAAAGAUAAUCUACGGAGUCUCAAAUAUCACCCUACAAAGGUGAUAUCUCCAUCUACAAAGGGAAAAUCCCCAUCUACAAAGGAAAAAAGGUACCUUAAUCCAAAUCUGGCAAAUGCAGCCCUAACAGAACUGAUUAAACUUAACAUUACCAAUAAUGAGAUAAAUGAACAUCAUGUGCCGCGGAUCUGAGGCAAUAAGGACCCAUCACUGAUGUAGUAUUCUUGCCAAUUAGACAAAAUCCAAAUUGACAUUCUGCAAAACAACUGGCCUGGCCUCAUGAAAAACACAGGUGGCUAGAGACAGUUUUAAAUGAAAGGAGAUUAAAGAAACAUAACUUAAUACAAGAUUUCUGAGGAUCCUCGCCCAAGAGGGGGAAAAAAACAUUAUUUGGAAAUUGGGAAUGUUUGAGCAUUGAUCUUGUAGUAUUUAUUACUAUUUCUUGAAAAAUAUUUUUGCUUGGUAUAGAACUCUAGAUUGAGGAUUUUUGAUUUUCAGUGUUUUUAAGAGAUUGCUCUGCUCUCUGGUUUGCAUUGGUUUUGCCUGAGUUGAAAGCUUGGCAAAACCAAGGAGAGAUGCAGUACUCAAACGACAGAAAAGCUGUGCCCUACAAACACCUGACACUGACGAAACCUCAAGGGCAAAAGCAGUGGAGACAAAUGAGCCCGCCCUCCCUCC